CUCCGCUUUAUCUUCUCAGGUAUUGGAUAUGCAACCCAGGUAGUGAUUGCAUAUGCUGCUGUUUCAUACAUUGUGAUCCAGGCAUGGGCUUUCUUCUAUCUCUUUUCAUCCUUCAGUGCUGAGAUUCCAUGGGCUAGCUGCAGGAAUUCCUGGAAUACAGAGUCUUGUUUUGAAUUUGAUAAAGCAAAUGCGUCAUCCAACUGGACAGCAGCUGCAAACGCAACAACACCAGCAACAGAGUUCUGGGAGAGAAGAGUACUGGGUAUAUCUCAAGGGAUUGAGGAGAUUGGUAGCCUGAGGUGGGAUUUGGCCUUGUGUCUCUUACUGGCAUGGAUCAUUUGUUACUUCUGUGUUUGGAAAGGAGUGAAGUCCACUGGAAAGGUAGUUUACUUUACGGCCACUUUUCCCUAUGUGAUGUUGGUGGUUCUGUUAGCUCGUGGACUCACUUUACCAGGAGCCAUAAACGGCUUAGCUUUUUACCUGUAUCCUGACCCCACAAGGUUGGUGGACCCUCAAGUUUGGAUGGACGCGGGUGCACAAGUCCUUUUCUCCUUUGGGAUUUGUCAGGGGAGUUUGACGGCUCUGGGCAGUUACAAUAAGUAUAACAAUGAUUGUUACAAAGACACAUUUGUUCUGUGUUUGGUUAACGGAGGAUCCAGUUUUGUUGCAGGGUUUGCAAUCUUUUCUGUUCUGGGAUUUAUGUCCUACGAACAAGGACUGCCAAUAUCAGAAGUGGCAGCUUCUGGACCUGGCUUGGCAUUUAUUGCCUAUCCGCGCGCGGUAGCCAUGAUGCCUUUACCUCAAUUAUGGGCUAUAUGUUUCUUCAUCAUGGUCAUCUUGUUGGGGGCAGAUACACAGUUUGUGAGUUUGGAGUGUUUGAUGACCUCAGUGACGGAUAUGUUCCCCAAUGUGUUUCGAAGAGCUUAUCGUCGAGAAUUGCUGCUGCUCUGCCUCUGCUCUGUUUGCUUUUUUCUCGGCCUCCUCCUCGUCACCGAGGGCGGCUUGUAUUUCCUUCAACUCUUUGAUCAUUAUGUGUGUAGUGGAAACAAUCUUCUCCUUCUUUCUGUGUGUCAGUCGAUAGCGAUUGGAUGGAUAUAUGGUGCUGAUCGUCUUUAUGACAACAUUGAAGACAUGAUAGGUUAUCGUCCCUGGCCUCUAAUGAAGCAUUGUUGGCUUUACGUUACCCCUGCUGUGUGUCUAGGUACUUUUGUCUUUUCAAUUGUGAAAUAUAAGCCUCUCAAGUUCAACAAAACCUACGUCUAUCCGACCUGGGCGUACGCUUUGGGCUGGUUUCUUGGACUGUUCUGUGUUCUUCUAGUUCCUCUGUGGAUCAUCUUUAAAGUUACUACAAUGAAAGGGACAAUUUGGCAGAACCUCAGGCAGCUGUGCAUCCCGCAGAGCUUGACGCACAGAAAAGCAAAGCAGCCCGAGCAGUGCCCUUUAAACCCAGACAUUACUCUUACUCCUGUUGCCAACGAAUACAAGGGAAGAGGUGGAGCUGAGAUGGAGAUGCAAGUCUGAAAACCAUAACAUUUUUAUAAAUUUUUCAGAUGUGAUGUUUUUAUUUUAUUUUAAACUCAAGGUUUUGUAAAGGAAAUACUGAUAAGAUCAUUAAUUCCGAAGACUUCUAGCAGAGUUCAGAGGCAGGUCGAGUUUUGAGAGACCGUGUAGACUAGUGACUAGCGAGGUAACUUUAUUCCCCGCUACAUUUUUGUCUUGCUAGCAGCAAUCAGUUUCAAAUCAUUCCAGUGUUUGGUUGGCUCUUAUUUAGCACCACAAUCCUCAAACAAAAGCACUUGAGCCUUGUAGUUGACUUUCACAUUAGAUUGCCACAAACACUGACACAAUUUCUGCUGAUUGAUAGAAUUCACAACUGUAACUGUGUUGAAAUGUACUUUUAAUAAUGUGGCAAUAAUAUUGAUAAGCCUAUUAAUGUAGGCAGCUGGAAAAAGUUUUUCUAAAUUUUCUCCUGCAUCUAUGCUGAAUCUGUCUUACACUGCCUGGUCAAAAAAAGAAAGAAAGAAAAGCAACCACCCGUAUUUAAAUAAGCAAGCUGGUAAGAGAAUGAUGGUGAACCAUCAUCUUGGGGAAAAAGGAUGAAAUUUUUUCAUCUUGGGAAAAAAGUUUUAUGAAGCUAACAGCAUUUCCACAUUGUUAAGACAGUACAAGUUGUGUAGCUUUAGGAAAACUACUUAUCAGUGGUCAGCUGACUACCGCUGAUGUACUGAAUUGCCAUCAAUGUGUUUUUUUUCCCUCAUGAUUCUGAGAAGACAAAUCGAGGAUUCAGCAACUCUGAAAGAUUAGAUUAGAUGAAACUUUAUUAAUCCCUCGGGUGGGUUCCUCUGGGAAAUUCAGUUUCCAGUAGUGCAGCACCGACAGAAGUUGCAUGUUACAAUAAAGGGGAUUGAGAGUAUGGAUGUAAGCAUAUGUAACACAUGGUGACACUAAAUCGGUCGCACUAAAAAGAAAGAUUCUUUAAAAUACAAGGGGGAGCAAGAGAGUCAGAUACCACGGGCACAGAGAGGAAGCUGGUCUGAUCAGAAACAGUUUAUUACUAGGCCAGGG